CUGCAGAACAAAUCACCAAGUGGACGAACGCAGCAGAUAAACAUGGAUCUGAAGACAGAAAACUCCUCAAAUGGCUCCACACCAGAGAUCAACUUGGAGAAGUUACAUAAGAUGGCUGCAGAGGUGAUUCUGCUGGGAAAAUUCAUCCUCAGACUGCUGAAUGCUGCUCUGGUGUUUGUGACAGACAUACUGGCCAGGAUUUUAGGAAGUAACCUGGUCAGACGCCAUUUCCACCUGAUGCUGUCUGCUUUGGUGCUGUUUGGUCCUGUGCUGAGCUUCUGGGUGUCAAAGUACAGCAUCUUCGCUAACAGCAACCAUUACCUUUACAGAAAGUUCCUUAGGUCCACUUGGGGUUGGACCUGCAUCUUCACAGCGUCCUUCAUCCUCCUCCUCUCCGUCUCAGCCCGUCGCUCUCCCUCUCUCCUCCUCCGCCACCUCUCUCGGAUAGGGGUUGUGGGGUUGCUCUGGUGGGGCUGUCAGCGCCUCCUGGCCCUGCUGGAGAAUGCAACAGGAACAUGUUAUGAACCUGUGACCCCUGCCCAGGAUAUCCAAGGCACCGCCUCCUCUCUGCAGCCCCUCCUACUCCUGCAUGAAGACCAAACCAAGGCCUCCUGCCUCAAAGCCGGCAUGGUGUGGAGAGGUUACGAAGUGUCCCAGGACGUCCUCAUCAUCUGUUUGUGUUGCCUGCUGCUCGUGGAGGAAAUAUCUGUCUUUGGACUUCACCUGGCUCAAACAAAAUGUCCGCAGAGGUCGCCCGGUGCCCCUUUGAGGUUCAUCUUCCUCCUGUGUGUGAGUCUGCUCGCUCUUUGGAUGUUCCUGCUGCUGUGUUUGCUUGCACACUUCCCCAAGUUCCCCUCCCAGCAGCUGGGAGGAGCUCUGGGCUACCUGGGAUGGAGAGGACUCUAUCAGGGGUGGUACAGACUCAAACUGAGCUGGGGCUGUCCUGGUUUGCCGGGAGAUGGACUUUUCACCACCACGGACAAACAGCCUCAGUAG